GCCUUCUCGGCAGCCUCCUCGGCGUUGGCGGUGCGGCCGCUGCCGCGUCGGCCGUGCCGUCGAUGCCUCUGGCAGCGGCUGUGGCUUGUGCAGGUGCCCUGCCGCCUCUUGCUGCUUUGUGGAUGGUGCCCCGUCAAAUGAGGGAUGCUGCCGCCGGCUUCGUGGAGGAGGUGCUGGUUCUCGUUCCGUGGCAGGAAGAGGAGCAAGCGCGAAGUGCCGCUGGACCUCCUGAAGGGCCUGCGUGCUCCGCCUCCGACGAGUCUGUCAGAGCUAGCGGCGAGCUGCUUGCCGCUUUCCAUGUGGUCGAUGUCUUGCUGCAAUGUCCCUUCCUGAUUCGCCAUCUUCGCCUGGAGGAGGCGCAACAAGCCAAGCCACUGCUGCGGCGGUCUGGCUUCGUGGCAGACACCCGGCCAAGCUUUCGCCACUUGUGCAGCCUUCCAUCCUCCGAGGGUGGCCAGUCCCGAGUGGGCCGGCGCGGGCCGCUGCACAUAAAUCCAACCGAGGGCCUAUCGACGGAUUCCGCCCUGCUCGCUGCCCUGCUACGAAGUCCGAAGGUGCUGGCCUCGGAGCAGAUGGAAAGUCGGGAGGCCAAUGAGGAUGCACAGCUUCUGAAGUGGCGUUUGCCAGAGUCGCUGGACGAGCUCACAGAGGGCUUCCCGGAAUCUCCCCCGAGGCGGAUACAAAGGCUAGGGCGCCGGUGCCUCGCCCUGGGCAGCCUUGGGGCGCUCUGCGGCGUGCUCUUCCAUCAGAAGCCCGUAAGCUCGCUCAUCUUCAGCCACUCGGUAUUUGCGCUGAAGCCGAUGAAGACCCUGGAGCCAUUGUCGGCCCCAGGCCUGGGAUCCGCUUUGGACACUGUCUCGCCUCAGCCGCAGCUCUGCGAGGGUGAGGAUGUGAUUCUGGGAUGCUUUGAUGAACUUCAUUCUUGCCAGCGGUGCUGCGAUUUGUCCAAAGGACCUCUGGGGGACAGCGCCUGUUGGGCGGGGCGGAUGAACUUCAACAUGUGCUGUGGCCCGGCCUCCCGCCUCUGGGCAGGCUGUGGUUGGCGAGGAGAAGAUCUUUGGGGACACGAGUACUACUCGCUAGAGCCGCCGCGUCUGCACAGUGCAGCCCAGUGCCAGAACCGCUGUGAAGAGGACUCUGGUUGUGGCGGAUGGACCUACUUCCCGGACAACUGGGAGCCGGUGGGCUGCAGGCUUCCGGUAGCGGCCAUUCUGGGCCUUCGCCGAGUCUGUGUCCUCCGGGCUACAAUCGAUGCACCUUGGUCACCUCAUUCUGGUGCCAUCUACGGAUUACGCGACUGCGCAGAUCUAGGUGGCUGCCUGGAGGUUGGCCGGGAUCGAGUAGGAAUGGAUUUGGGCUUCAUCAAAGAAGUGCCCAGCGCAGCAGCCUGCCGCUUGCAAUGUCGCGAGACGCAGGAGUGCAAGGCCUUUAGCUAUUUUCCAGAUGGAUAUUUGGGAGAUGCGAGUGCGGGCUGUGUUCUGCCUGCUGCGGUUUUCACGUGGUGGAAAACCCGAUGCCUCCUGAAGAUGCACAAGACCAAGCCAGGGGGUGGAGAACAGUGGCUCCCAAUGGGAAAUGUCGCCUCAGGUCAGCGAGGCUGCAAGCCUGCGAGGCCCUGGCGAAGGUGGAGCAACUCUCACCCAAGCGAAGAUGAUCUCUUGGCAGUUGAUGGAGACUAUCGUCGGGAGCGAUGCUCACGUGGGCAGCCUUGGCGCUUGGAGCUUGACGCAGAGUACAUUGUGACCCGUGUGAUGCUGUGGACAGGCCAGCUGCAGACGCUUCCCUUCCGGGAGCUGCUAAUCUACGAGGUGACUUUAAUGGUGGGAGAGGAGGAGCUUCGGUGUGGAUCUGCAGACGAGAACUUGGGUGGGAAUGCGAUGGCUGUCCACUGUGCUCAGGACACCUCCAGAAGGCCGGCCUCCGCCGUCAUCAUCCGCAGCAGCGCCGGCCCUGCUCGCGAGUUUGCACUUUGCGAGGUAGAGGUGCAAGUGGCCCCUGUUCCUUGCGACUUGCUCUUGGACAAGGGCUGGACCAUCCAUGGCCGUGUUGUCCUGAUCUUCCCUCCAGGCGAGGCAAGCCGAGCAAAGUUGGAGGACGCUGGCGAAGCAUGCGAGAGAGCAGGUGGCAGCUUCGUUGAAACUCGAAGCCGUCCAGGACGAGCUCUUUGUGUUGAGGCAGCAUGUGCCCCUUCCAGAUGCCUGGAGGAGUUCGAUACUGAGAUCGAGAACUUCGCACCUUUGACCAUACUCGGCCUUUGGAACCACGAUUUGGAACGAGUAGCUGAUGAAUGCGGUGCCUUGGGUCACUCCAAGGCCCGCAUGUUCGAGGCCACUGUCAUGAUCUACAACGGCGGGCAUCCGGAUGUGGGAGGGUCGCAGAUGACCACGCACUGGUGUUUCUGUGCGCCUUCCUACUGUGCCGACGAUGAUGCAGCCAUGGUGGUCACUCGGCUGGUGGCACGACACGGGCUGACUUGGGAGGCCUUGCAGCCGAAUUCUGAGAUCGAGCUGCGAAAUGUCCGGGCUUUAGCAAGCUGGGAAGAUGUCAAACUCGACUUCUUGGUGGCCGGCUUCGCCCGCUCAGGGACUCAUACGCUUCGUGGAAAUUUGAUGGAGCAUCCCGAGGUAAAAUUUGCGGAGCAAGAGAUGACGUUCAACUGGGCAGCCUUGCCUCAACAGUUGCAGGUGUGGCGCUACGCAUCUUUCUUCAAAGAUGAGGAAGAAGGACCAAGGCGAAGGCUCUGGGGUGGCAAAGGUGAAGGUCUGGCGGCGAGUCAGCGAGUGAUCAGGCUGGCAUCGAAGAUCCCGAAACUGCGUCUGGUUGUCAUGGUGCGCGAGCCAGUCGAGUGGCUGGAGUCGCUCUACAACCUGCGAAAGUUUUACCUGUGUCAGCAGCCCAGGUGUUCGGAAGUUCCCUCCAUGGAGGAUGUCGUUCUCAACGGCGUGACCUUCGAAGAUGUCAACGUUGAGGAUGCAUUUCUGUCCAAGUCCUUGGAGCAUGUUGUGAAGUUAUUCCCACCCACGGCUGGUCGCUCUUUGCUGUUGGAGUUUGAGCUCUUGCGCAGUCGCCCGCGCGAGCUUUUCGACCAGAUCACUUCCUUCCUGGGCAUCGAACCAUUUUCAAGGGACUUCGAGAUCAGACGGCAUGCCACAGAAGAUCGACGCAGGUACGAGGAGCUUGGGCUGUCCGUCAGCUUAUGUUCGGAGCAGCUGCGACCGAGCUUGGCCGCCUUGAAGGAACGGCUUGCAAGGGAGAACGAGUACACUCGCUUGGUGGCUUUGCUUGCGCAGGCGAUGUGGGAGCAUGGAAUGUGGCUUUUGGAACAUAAGUGCCCAGUUCUAGCCACUCCUGCCGAGCUCGCCAUGAUCGAGUACCACCAUGGAUCCCGGUUGGCAAUAGCGACUGUUUUCAUCCACGUAUGGUGGCGUGACGCCAUGAAGGAGUACUUCGAGAACGCGUCCGGGUUGGAUAGCAUCUGGUCUGGGUAUACCUUCAUCCUGGGAUUCCUGAUCGUCUUCCGAAGCAACCAAGCAUAUUCUCGGUUCUGGGAGAGCGUGUCGCUCACACACAAGAUCCGUGGCGAAUGGACCAGCGCAUUCAGCAGCCUGCUAGGCUUUUGCACGAAGAGUGCAGAACGAGAGGCAGAGGUGAGCCACUUCCGCGAAUACCUGCUGAGAUUGAUGAGCCUGCUGCACUGCUAUGCGCUUCACGAGGUUGCAGAGCUGUCCGACGAGACGAAUAUCGAGGUCGUGGAUCUUGCUGGCCUGAGUUCAGAAAGCAUCGAGUACCUGCACGCCAGUCCAGACAGGUGCGAGACGGUCAUGCUUUGGAUCGAGCGUCUCAUCGUAGAGAGCGAGAAGCAGAAACUUUUCGACGUGGCUCCACCGGUACUGUCCAGAGCCUUCCAGGAACUAUCGGACGGUAUGGUAAAUGUUGCAGAACUGCGAAAGAUUGUGGAAGUACCCUUCCCUUUUCCAUAUUCGCAGUAUCUUUCCUUCAUGCUGGUAUUGCAUUGGAUCGUGAGCCCCUUGGUGGCCGUGCAGCUCAUUUCCGAGUGGUCAUGGGCUGGUGGCACGGUUUGGUUGAUUUCGACCUCUUACUGGACCUUGUUCUACAUUGCCCAGGAGAUCGACCAGCCUUUCGGCCAGGACUACAACGAUCUCCCAGUGGUCGAGAUACAACAGAGAUUCAACCAGAGCUUGAUGCAUUUGGCCUCGCCAGAGUCCUACAUUCUGCCGGACUUCAUAGCUCACGUCGCACAGCGACGUACGGUCUGCAUGAGGACAUCUAGAACAACUCUCAGAGCAUCCGCAAGGGAGCAGGCGGUAGAGCCACCGGAAACUUCUCUUGUGGAUGUCGUCGUUGAGCAGGAUGAGGCCUCCAGUACACACCUGGCUGAAGUCCUUGACGAGCCUGCCGCCGACAUAGUUCUGGUGAGCCCGCACACCGAAAAGACCAUACUUGGGCCAAGAGCGGUGGAGCUGGUGACACGCAGAGGUUUUUCCACCGGUGAGCCGAUGCAGCUUCAACAGCACAAGAGUAUCCUCCGAGAACUGGCGCCGCCAGCUUGGAGUAAGGAGGACCUGGACUCUUUCGUUGAUCUUGUGGCUGCACAGAAGCAGCUCACAGAAGCGCGCGAAGCGCCGGUGGCUGCUGCAGAAUUGAAAAUAUCUCUCGUCGAGUUGACGACCUGCUUCAGAGAUCUCGCAUCGAAAGCACGGCGUAACUCUGCGGAAUUGCAGGAGGAGACACUCCGUGCGAGAGCUGCGGAGCAGGCUGACAAGCUGCUUGCCCUCACCCAGCUUCUGACAGGCACUUCAAGGCGGCCCGGACAAGAGAACGACGAACCGUUUUCUGUUCAGUCCACGUGA